CGCUGGCACACCGGACGCGGGGACGCCAGAAGCGGCUGGACCCGGAAGUAGGGGUUGCCGGUGGCCGCCCCGGGAGCAAGGACCGGAGCAGGAUGCGAGGUGUAGCUGCAGGGGUCAGCAUUGAUAAUAGUGCUAUGCUGCAGAAGAGUGGAGUCUAAACUUUUUCACUGCCAGUGCCCCGAAACUGGAGCGUAAAGGGCUGAGACAAGAUGAAGACUGUGCUCAUGGUUGCCGAAAAGCCGUCCUUGGCACAGUCAAUUGCCAAAAUCCUCUCUAGAGGGAGCCUGUCCUCACAUAAAGGGCUGAAUGGGGCCUGUUCAGUCCACGAGUACACUGGGACCUUUGCUGGCCAGCCAGUGCGCUUCAAGAUGACGUCUGUCUGUGGUCAUGUGAUGACCCUGGAUUUCCUGGGAAAAUACAACAAAUGGGACAAAGUGGACCCCGCAGAACUGUUCAGCCAAGCUCCCACGGAGAAGAAAGAAGCUAACCCCAAGCUGAACAUGGUGAAGUUCCUGCAGGUGGAGGGCAGAGGCUGCGACUACAUCGUGCUGUGGCUGGACUGUGACAAGGAGGGGGAGAACAUCUGCUUUGAGGUUCUUGAUGCUGUUCUGCCCGUCAUGAACAAGGCCUAUGGUGGUGAGAAGACCGUGUUCCGGGCCAGGUUUAGCUCCAUCACAGACACAGACAUCUGUAAUGCCAUGGCCUGCCUGGGCGAGCCUGACCACAACGAGGCGCUCUCAGUGGAUGCUCGCCAGGAACUGGACCUGCGAAUCGGCUGUGCAUUCACCAGGUUUCAGACUAAAUAUUUCCAGGGGAAAUACGGUGAUUUAGACAGCUCUCUCAUCUCCUUUGGGCCGUGUCAGACUCCAACCCUGGGAUUCUGCGUGGAGAGACAUGAUAAAAUCCAGUCCUUCAAACCAGAGACCUACUGGGUGCUGCAGGCCAAGGUUAACACUGACAAAGACAGAUCUCUCCUUUUGGACUGGGACCGAGUAAGAGUGUUUGACCGGGAGAUCGCACAGAUGUUUUUAAACAUGACAAAGCUGGAGAAGGAAGCCCAGGUGGAGGCCACAAGCAGGAAAGAAAAGGCCAAGCAGAGGCCCCUGGCCCUGAACACCGUGGAGAUGCUGCGUGUGGCCAGCUCUUCUCUGGGCAUGGGGCCGCAGCACGCCAUGCAGACAGCCGAGCGGCUCUACACACAAGGCUACAUCAGCUACCCACGGACAGAGACCACCCACUACCCUGAGAACUUUGACCUGAAGGGCUCUCUGCGGCAGCAAGCCAACCACCCCUACUGGGCCGACACGGUGAAGCGGUUGUUAGCAGAAGGUAUCAACCGCCCGCGGAAAGGCCACGACGCUGGCGACCAUCCCCCCAUCACCCCCAUGAAGUCUGCCACAGAGGCCGAAUUAGGGGGUGACGCAUGGCGGCUCUAUGAGUACAUCACCAGACACUUCAUUGCCACGGUCAGCCAUGACUGCAAGUACCUGCAGAGCACCAUCUCCUUCAGGAUCGGGCCCGAGCUCUUCACCUGCUCCGGGAAGACCGUCCUCUCCCCAGGCUUCACGGAGAUCAUGCCCUGGCAGAGCGUGCCCUUGGAGGAGAACCUGCCCACUUGCCAGCGGGGCGACACCUUCCCUGUGGGUGAGGUCAAGAUGCUGGAGAAGCAGACGAGCCCGCCCGACUACCUGACAGAGGCUGAGCUCAUCACGCUCAUGGAGAAGCAUGGCAUCGGCACAGAUGCCAGCAUCCCUGUGCAUAUCAACAACAUCUGCCAGCGCAACUACGUCACCGUGGAGAGCGGACGCCGGCUCAAGCCCACCAACCUCGGCAUCGUCCUGGUGCACGGCUACUACAAGAUUGAUGCAGAGCUGGUGCUCCCCACCAUCCGCAGUGCAGUGGAGAAGCAGCUGAACCUGAUCGCCCAGGGCAAGGCCGACUACCGCCAGGUCCUGGGCCACACCCUGGACGUGUUCAAGAGGAAGUUCCACUACUUUGUCGACUCCAUUGCCGGCAUGGAUGAGUUAAUGGAGGUGUCUUUCUCGCCGCUGGCGGCCACAGGCAAGCCCCUCUCACGCUGUGGGAAGUGCCACCGCUUCAUGAAGUACAUCCAGGCCAAGCCAAGCCGCCUGCACUGCUCGCACUGCGAUGAGACCUACACACUGCCCCAGAAUGGCACCAUCAAGCUCUACAAGGAGCUCCGCUGCCCUCUGGAUGACUUCGAGCUGGUCCUGUGGUCAUCAGGCUCUCGGGGCAAGAGCUACCCACUGUGCCCCUACUGCUACAACCACCCACCCUUCCGAGACAUGAAGAAAGUUGUCCCUUGUACAUGACCCUCCAAGGCCCUUGGCGUCCGCAGCUUGAUUUUGCACUCCGAGUCCAUUCACCUUCUCCCAUCCGGUAGCAUCCAACCCCGCUGCUACUGCUGCCAACAUGGCCUUGAGAGCAAUAAGGACAAGAAAGGGACAAGGCCCCUUUUAGGCCAGAACUGCCUUCAGAUCAGCCACGCUCCAUGGGACUGUACCUCUGCCCUGGAGGCUGGAGAGGUCAGUGGCUGCAGACUGGCUCAAGGAGCCCCUGGCCCUGCCCACCUAGCCAGGGGUGCAGCCUUGCCAGAGAAGCAGAGAAGCAUCUGUGGCUGGGUGGGUGAUAUUGAAAGAUUCCUUUCACCAGGGUGGAAGCCAGGAGCUGAGGCGUGAUGGAAUGCGGACAGUGAGGCAUUGACAGCACCACAAGGCAGGAGUCAUCUCCAGACACGUCCUUGGCCCAUAGGGACAAGCUCCUGGUGGUGCCUCACUUUGCUGUCCUCUCUAAGUCGCAGAUCUCAAAUGGAAUCAGUGCUCAAGAGUCUAAUAUGCCUCCUCUGAGGAUGCCUGCGGGAAUAUCAGCUUUUACUGCACUUUACCGUGUGGGAGGGCCUGCCCUACGCACCACCUCACCUGUGCUGCGCUUCUCAAACUUCACCCCACAGCCAUUCUGUUGUAGGUGAUCUCAGGGGCAGUUUUGAAAAACAGUGGCCCAGGGUCUCACAACAGCCCUCUGAGAUAGGUUGGUUGCUAUUGUCCCCAUUUUUUCUGAUCAAGAAACUGAGGCUCAGGUGAGCUAAGGAAUGUGCCCAGGGCCACCGUUUAUAAGAAGUAGCCUCAAGCCUUGCUCAUGGUUACUCCCCUGACAGGGAUCUAGGGAGGAGUGAGCAGGAGAGUGGGAUGAGGCAGGACUCUUCGUCCCAGCCCUGUUGUCUCUGCCCAGACACCUCUUGCCUUGCAGACCCAACCCCACCCCAGAUGGUUUCCUUUCCCAUCACCCAGCUGCUAGUUCUCCAGGUUCCUGGUCUCACUCCAGGUUCCUCCUGUUAGAGAAGCAUCCCAGAGACAUUCAUUCCUGGCAAGGACACAGGCCUGUGGACCUGAAGGCCAGGUGGGCAGGGCCACAGAAGAUCUGGGCGUCCCAUCCUCCAUUUAAAAAAUUAUACUUUACAACUGCAUUGGUAUAAAGAUGAAUAUAUUAAUAUAUAUUAAAACUUUUUUUUU